UUUUGUGUGUCCUUUGCACAUCGAGCGGUGUGAUGGGCAAGCUGGGCUUUGGCAUGGCUUCCGACUCUACCACGGCAACCUGGGAAGAGGGGUCUGUGCCACUGGAGCCACUGGAGCUGAGCCGAGUCCCGGAGGAGUCCGGCACCGGAUCUGCCUCCAUACCACACCGGCAAUCGAGCUGCAACUCUGCUCGCCGCUCCUUCCAUUCCUGGAACUCCUUCCAGAAUUCAUAUGAACUGGUGGGAAUUGGAGAAGACUUGGAUCGAAGAUGUCUCCACAACCACCUGCUGCACCAAAUGGAGGCGGUCAAGAGCCAUCGAUUUGUCUGCGACUUUUGCAGACACGCUAUCUCCAAAGGAGAUAAGUUCUGGUCGUGUCCGCGCUGCGUUUGGGAUGUUUGCGAGGCCUGCUACGAAAAGGGCGCCAGGUUCAAGGAAGGGGAUCUCCUGGAGCUGGUGCACCAGCUGGAGAACUACCCGCGGGGCACCGUGGGCACCAUCAAGGAGGUGGUCAACGACGAGGAGGGCCGUCACAAGGCACUGAAGGUGGUCAUCGUUCCGCUGGACCCCGCUGAGGAUCCCCCAGAGGAGACUCUCAUGCCCCAGGACUUCAAGAAGAUCAAAGUCCUGGACGCGCCAAAGACUGAUGUCAGGAUGAUGGUCGGCAUUCUGCUGAUCACCGCUUUGUUUAUGUAUGGGAUCUUGGACCAUCGCCGUUUGAAUACGCUCCUGAAGCGCUUUGUGGACUGGUGCAAGACCCUGGGCAUGUGGUCCUCCGUGAUGCUUUUCCUCGUCUCCUCCAUCCUCCCGGUGAUUAUGCUGCCGGUGUUUCCCAUCAUGGCUCUCUCUGGCCCGCUUUUCACUGAGAUGAACGACGGAGAGGCUUUUGUGGGCGGCACUGUGGCUUUCGCGGUGGUCUUCAGUGGGCUUUGGGUCGGCAGUGUGACUGCCUUUGCCCUGGGAAAGAGCCUUCUGCACGAUUACGCCCGGCGGGCGAGCAAGGGCAGCCGAGUGCUCCGGCGGCUAAACCGCAUCAUUGACAAAGCUGGCAUCAAGAUCGUGUUCAUGGCCCGCAGCUUGCCCAUUUUGCCUGCAGAGGUCUUUGACUACGCCUGCGCCAUGACAACCUUGGCGGUGCACGAGUACGCCAUCGGCUGCCUAGGCUCCGCCGUGCCAGUGGCCUUUUGGACCUACAGCACCGCGCAGGCCGCCAAUCUAGCGCGACCGGAACGGUCGCCCCCCACCACCCACUUGGCGCUGAUCCUUCUGAAUAUCGGGUGCCUGGUGGUGCUGACGCUGGUACUGGUGCACGUCAUCCAGAGCCAUGAGCAGGAUUCCACGGACGAGUUUGUUGAGGUUGAGUGGCACGAGAACAUGAAGGACCCCAAGGCGGAGGUGGUUCGUGCGCUCCAGACUCAAAGCCUGCAGUUGUCACGGGAAGGCCGGGACUUCACCAUCCGAGACAAGUCCAACAAGCUACUGCAAGUCUGGGACGAGCAAGGCUUCAUCCCCCGCCUCAGUCGCAAGUGGGAGUGCAGGGCGGAGCUGACACCCGAAAAUUUCCCGCUCAAGAUCCACAUCCACAAGGAUGAACCGCUCGUCAAUGACCUGCUGGAGCCUGUGGUGAGUGUGGUGCAGAAGGCGCGAAAGAGGCUCAGUUCCAAGAUCAUCUAUCGGGAGCUCGCCACCACCGAUCAGAGCCUGACGAUGCCCUGAGCGAGGCUAAGCCUAGUGGGACGCCCAGCCCAGAAAGUGGACCAGGUCCCCCGGUGCCCUUUUUUACCGUUUCUUUUUUG